AAAAUUAAAAAAUUCAUCAAUAUUUAAAUAAGAAAAGCAAGAGUGCAACCGCCUUCACAUGCUCCUCCACUUCACGGCGGUUCUUUUCCUUCUCUAUAACCGGAUCACCGCCGCAUUCCAUCGCAACGACGUCGUCUUUCCCCUACUUUGGGCUCUCGUCACCAUCGCAGAACUCAUCUUCACCUUCGUUUGGGUCCUAACCCAGUCGUUCCGAUGGCGGCCGGUAUCCCGCUCCGUCUCGCCGGAAAAUCUCCCCGGCGACGAGGAGCUCCCAGGCGUCAACGUGUUCAUCCCCACAGUGGAUCCGGCGAAAGAGCCGACGGUGGAGGUGAUGAACACCGUGUUGUCGUCUCUGGCUCUGGAGUAUCCAGCGGAGAAGGUGGGCAUCUACCUGUCGGACGACGGCGGGUCUCCGGUGACGCUUUAUGCAUUAAAAGAAACUUUUCUACAAUAUCAGAAAGAAUCCCGGUCUGCCUUCAAGACUAAGUGGCGUGGAAUGGAUGGGGUAAGAGGGCCGGUGUUGUCCGGAACUGGAUAUUUCUUGAGGAGGAAGACGUUGAAUGCAAAAAGCUCUUGGUCGAUCCCAAAAGUUCAUUGACUCGUUGAAUGCAAAAAAGGAGUAUC